AACUAGCAAAGUGUUUGGCUCAGCAGAGUCACACGGGAACUGCUUGUUGUUUAUCCCAAAACAGUGUCAUGUUGUGUGGACACCAAAACACUUAAAAAAGAAACAAGCACAAAGACAUAAAGUGUUCAAAAAGGAACACAGACUUCCAAGGAUUAUGCAAGUCAGAAAAAGAUGAUUUGAGAUGUCUCGUCACGUGGUCGGGGCCCAGCCGCAAAGUUGGCGCACCCAGGAGGGGGCGCAAUGGAGCACGGGUCUGUGUGCUUGCCAUCAAGACAUGGGAGACUGCUGUUUUGCACUGUGCUGCCUGCCACUGUUCACCUGUAAGGUGGCCAGGAAGGCGGGUCUGUGUCCCCUUCUGCCGCUGCUGGACUGUCUUGGCUGCGUACCCCCGGCCUCCCUCGCCGUGAGGGCCUCUGUCAGGGAAAAAUACGGCAUAAAGGGGAGCGUGUGGGGCGACUGCCUGUACGGAUGCUGCUGCUACCCGCUAUCUUGGCUCCAGAUCUCCAGAGAGCUGAAAAGAAGAGCUGCAUUUCACGCCGCCUCCUCUUUGUCCUCCUCCUCUUUCUCGGACAAAUACACGGCAUUGACUCCCCUGCAGGGAGCGCACUUGGUCUGAACCACAGGGCAGACUACUAAAUAAACAUUUCUCUUGUGUGACUUUCAACAGUAUUUAAACCUUCUGCCAUCUUCUGGAAGAGGAGUCGAAAUUUCUGUCCGUCACUUUCUGCUGCUGGCAAAGUUAAAUGAAUAAAUAUAUAGUUGGGAAAAGACUAAUCCGGAGGAUACAUGUUUUUCUCCACCCACAAAGACUCUCCCUCUGCUGGUUGUCGGGAGAAAAACAAUGAUUUUUGUUUGCUGUUUUGUAUUCAAAUGGAAGCAACACAAUCAGUUCUGCAAGCAUUUGGUGAUUGAUUGACAUGACUGAAUAAAAGAGGAGCCAGUAUUGA